AGAUUGAGUGAAAUUGGCCACCACAAGCUGUUACUCGAUGAGCAAUAUAGAAUGCACCCUCACAUCAGCAACUUUCCAAAUAAAACAUUUUAUAGUGGAAUGAUUAAAGAUCGCACUGAGGCUAGUGGAGUGCCCAACAUUUUUAUCGGUCAUAAUUUUGAUCAUUAUUCAUUCAUUAAUGUUAGAGAAGGUACAGAAAAACAAAUUGGUAUGAGUUUAGUAAAUGAGGCUGAAGCUGUUGUUGCAGAGACGAUCGUUGACAGACUUGCUAAAACAUGCACCUAUAAGGAGGAGAAAAUCAGUGUUGGUGUAGUAUCUCUAUAUGCAGCCCAAGUGAAUGAUUUGGAAGAAAGACUUGAUAGAUUUAAGGAACAUGAGUUUCUUUCUGUUAAAGUACAAACCGUUGAUUCAUGUCAAGGUGAUGAGAAGGACAUAAUAAUACUUUCAAUGGUUCGAUGCAAUCAUGGUGGGAACAUAGGCUUUCUCGAUUCUGAUAGGAGAGCUAAUGUGGCCUUGACAAGAGCAAGGAAACACCUUUGGAUCCUUGGACAUGAAACAACUCUCCUGAGAAGUAAUUCAAUAUGGUCUAAGGUAGUCCAAGAUGCAAAGGAACGCAAUUUGCUCUUUCAUGCUCACUUAGACAUGCAUCUUGCUGAAGCCAUUAGUCAUUUCAGAAAGUUUGCUAUAUAUGCACAGAGCACAGGUGACAUCCUGAUAGAGGCCACAAUCAAUGAAGCAGACAGACGAGUAGAUGCAACAAUAGAGGAAGAAAACAUUGGUUCCUUGCCUGGGGAUAUGCAAAGAAAUUCAGAUAUGGGUCAGGACCAAGUUUCCAGUCUAUCUCUACCACAAUGCGACCAAUUUGCAGUUAACAGCCCAGUAGGGACCGCAAUAGAUGAAGCCAACGUUGAAUUCUCACCCAGUCAUGUUCAUUCAAGGAAGAGGCCCUGUCCUUUCUGUAAAGACCAACUUGCCGUACCAGAAGUUGCACAGGCAAUAGAAGCACAGGCAAUAGAAGCUACAGUAGAGGAUAAUGACGUGAUUAUAGAAGAGCUGACCCAACUAGCUGAGGGAUCAAAUGCAAUGAAGGACAAUAAAAGAGCAAAAAAGGCAAACCCCUACGAGCAGGCCAGAUCUGCAAGAGAUGGUCGUUUUUGGUCCACCGAGCAAGAGAAAUUGUACAAUAAUGUUUAUAAACAGAAGGAUUUUGCGGACAACAGAUGGAUCGAUUGGGAAAGCAUGAAGCAGUCCAAAGAGAUGCUUGAUGUUGAGAAAAAUGUAAGAACAUUAAUCUUCGUAAACUGA